CUUCCACCCGUCAGUCUGGGAGGAUAAGAGAAAGAAAGUUAAGCAACUACAGGAAAUGGCUUUGGGAGUUCCAAUAUCAGUCUAUCUUUUAUUCAAUGCAAUGGCAGCAUUGAGUCAAGAGGCAGCUGCAGCAUUCACACCUGCAAUCACAGCCCCGCAAGCUAACUGGACAGUUAACAAAACAGAAGCUGACAGCACAGAAGGACCCAUAGCCUUGAAGUUCUCACACCCUUGCCUGGAAGACCUAAACAGUUACUGCAUUAAUGGUGUUUGUGCAUUCCACCAUGAACUAGAGAAAGCCCUCUGCAGGUGUUUUACUGGCUAUACUGGAGAAAGGUGUGAGCACUUGACAUUAACUUCAUAUGCUGUGGAUUCUCAUGAAAAGUACAUUGCAGUUGGGAUUGGAGUUGGAUUACUAUUAAGUGGUUUUCUUGCUAUUUUUUACUGCUACGUAAGAAAAAGGUGUCUAAAAAUGAAAUCGCCUUACAACGUCUGUUCUGGAGGGAGACCACUGUGAGGCCUUUGUCAGGAAUUUUCAUCAAGGCAUUUGUAAAAAUCAGUGGGCUCAAAAUGGAAAUCUUCAAAUGAAACAACAAAACUUGCCAAGCUAACUGGACCUGGAGAUGAUGGAAGUUGGUAUCAUGAUGAAGUGAGAUAGUAAAAUUCUGCAUUGGUCUUCAGACUUUGCCAUCAUUAGGAUGCAACGGAAGCCAAGGGAACAAGCUACAAUGACAGAAGUCAAGUUCAUAGUUCUACUCUGGGUUUGUUGAUGUCGUGUGGUUUUUGUUCUCACUGCAGAAAGACUGAGUUAUGCUUCUGACCAUGGCAGAUGUGAGUUUUCAUAAGAAUAAUUAUCAACCUUACAGCAAGCCAAAGCAAUGGCAAGCUUGGGUUCUUCAUGGGCUUGCUACUCAGCAUCUUGGACUACCUAGAUGGGGUUUCUUUAAGUCUAUUUGCCCAAAGGACCUAAUCCCAAACAUGCUGCUUUCAUGGUGUCUAAAAGAAUGUGAUGUCAACUUUCAGGAUGAAAUCGGUGUUAUGGCACCUCCAGUGAAUCAUACAUGUGGUCUAAGCCACAUGAAAAGAAGACAGAAUGUCCAAGGCAAACAUAAAUCAUACCCAGCUUAUGACAAUACUGGACAGACUUUAUCUGUGAAACAUGGAAUAAGCUAAAGAGUUUCUG